UGAAGGAAUCCAGUUCCUGUUGGAGCCAGUACUGCACACUCCUAUGAAGUCUGAAACAGGAGUGUGUUUUUAUAGGACUUCCAGGAAGGAUCUUCCUCUUAAGCUUCUUAAUUAUGGUACAUCUGCAGUUGGCAGAUGACUACUGGCAGGAGAAUGAGGAACUAGCUGGGAAUGUUUCUGUUUGACAUCAUGAAGUCACCCGUUUCUUUACUGGUAUUUAGAAAUAAUAACUGUGAACUGGAAAGGAGUUUGCUAAGAUUUUCAUUUCUUCCCUGUUGGUGACAGCACAGUUCUGGCUAUGAAAGUCUGCUUACAAGGAAGAGGCUAAAAAUCAUACGGAUAAUAAAUCUGUUUGAAGACAAUGAGGUUUUAGCUGCAUUUAUCAUGAAGAAAUUGAGACCUUUACUGGAUAGCUAGGGUAUUUAUGUGUCUUUUUGCUUAGUUACUUAUUGACCCCAACAGAGGUCAAAUAAGAACUCAGGUCUCUCAGGCUACUGGCAUGGAUUGAUUGCAUACAGCUGUAGUUUUAGCAGUGAUUUAGGGUUUAUUAAUAUUCCUUCAGUAAAUCACAGGGUUGGUAAUGUUACUCUCAGGAAAGAAAAAAAAAAAAAAGCCAAACCUGACAGAUAUCCCAGCUCAGGGGGGAAUUGAGGAUCACAGCUCAGUGCGGUCCUAGAGAACAAAAGGGACUCUUAGGACCUUUAUUUAUAGGGCCUCAAGGUAACUGACUUUGGUCAGAAAACUUUCCAUUCUGGCUACAGUUUAGGUGAGGCAAUCCUGGAAUUUUCUCUCAGCUGUACAGUUCCAGUAAUCCCAGUUUGUACAGUUCUGGCACUUUUUGGGUCAGGCUGUGAUCCAAGGAACAGGAGUUCCAGGUAUGGUCAGGGAGUGCCUGACCGUCCCAACUCACUGCUCUCAAACAAAGGUGAAACCACAAGAGUGGCUUUUGUUGAAAUUGCAGCGUGGCCCAGAUGGGCUGCACUCAUCUGGGCCAUGCUUAUUGACCACGAGGCAACGCUAAUCCUCAAAAAGUGCCAUUUGUUGCCAUUAAAUUGAACUGAUACUUCAAUGUGAUCAGUAUCAUCAAGUGGUUUGGCUUGGAAUAUGGAGUCUAGGAGCCCUAUUGGAGCAGCUACUCUCUAAUGGAGUUGUAUUUUGAAGCAGGACACUGUAAAAAGCUGAUCUCCUAAAGAGGCUCCUAAACAUUAGGGUCAAUUUUCCAGUGCACUUUCUGAAGCGUCUGCAGUUCCCCAUGCAAGGCUGCCUAAACAUAGCACUUCCAAUUGAAUACAACUAUAUGCAGGCAGAUUGCUUCUUGCCAGCACUGUCCUUCUGAAAUGAACACAGCAAACAACAAUUUCAAAGUCUGGUAGAAAGUAACAUUAAAAAGUAUACCUGCUUUCAGUAGUUCAGCUUAGUUAUUCCCACUAGAAACAUCUUGUACAGGCUGAACAUCGGGGCUCCAGAUUAGUGGUAAAACUGACUUCAUAGGAUCAUAGAAACGUGGAACGGCCUUGGAUUAGAAGAGACACCAAGGAUCAUUAAACUCCAACUCCCCUGCCACAGGCAGGGCCACCAACCUCCAGAUCUGGUAGCAGACCAGGCUGCCCAGGGCCCCAUCCAACCUGGCCUUGAACACCUCCAGGGAUGGGGCAUCCACAACUUCUUUGGGCAGCCUGUGCCAGCACCUCACCACUCUCUCUGUGAAGAACUUUCCCCUGACAUCCAAUCUAAGCCUUCCUGCCUUGAGGUCAAAUCCAUUCCCCCUCAUUCCAUCACUGUUUACUCUUGUAAAAAGUUGAUUCCCCUCGUUUUUAUAAUCCCCUUCAAAAAAUGGAAGGCUGCAAUGAGGUCUCCUCGCAGUCUUCUCUUCUCCAGGCUGAACAAAUCCAGCUCCCUCAGCCUGCCAUUAUAGGUAAGGUGCUCCAGCCCUCUGAUCACCUUCGUGGCCCUCCUCUGGACCCUCUCCAACAUUUCUCCAUCUUUUCUGUACUGGGGAACCCCAGGCCUGGAUGCAGAACUCCAGAUGGGGCUCAAAAGGGCAGAGUAAAGAAGGACAAUCACCUUCCUCACCCUGCUGGCCACCCCUCUUCUGAUGGAGCUCAGGAUAUCAUUGGCUUUCUGAGCUGCAACUUCUCCUUAUUAGUUCCACUAUCAAAACAGGAACAAUAUAACAGGUGCCGAUGGCUAGAGGAGAGAGUUUUUCACACUUCUUCAUUUCAGUAGAUCUCAGAUUUCAGUAGAUUUCAGUAGAAGAGGAAUGUUGAAGUUGUGCCUUCUGCAUGUGCUCCUUCCUCCCCAAAUACUCCUGCCUGAUGCCUUACCCCACCUGCUGCCGAAUGGCUCCACGGCCCCCUGCACCCAGAGCCCUGAUGAACCCAGCACUGCUUCAGACGCUGUGUAAUAGCACAGCAUGACCAAGUUGCACAAAUGAUGUGUCGCAUCCUUCAGCACUUGAGAAGAAAAGCUAAAUUUGCAUUGUUAGGGAAUGGUUUAGUAAUUCUGCCAAUUAAAACCUGUUUAUUUACUAUGGCUACUUUUAUUAUGUUGUUACUAGUGGUAUGUUGAUGAUGAACAGUGGCUAUGCAGUAAAAUCAAGACUGUAGAUAUUGCAACAGACAAUAAAAUUCCUCUGUUGCUUAGCUAACGUGGUACUUCCCACAUUGUAUAAGAAAUUUGGCAAGUUUAGAGUGAUGUUUUAAGUGUUGGGAAAUUUCUGUAUACUCAAGAGGGUGUUUCUGACAACUGUAGAACAGAGAAAUCAAAAGGGGGUGGGAGGAAUUUAAAAGAGACAGGUGCAAGAGAGCCUGCAGUCCCACUGUGUGUACGACACUGGCAACAUGAGGUCUUUGCUAAUCUUGGUGCUUUGCUUCCUGCCCCUGGCUGCUCUGGGGAAAGUCUAUGGAAGAUGUGAGCUGGCAGCAGCUAUGAAGCGUCUGGGACUUGAUAACUAUCGGGGAUACAGCCUGGGAAACUGGGUGUGUGCUGCAAAAUUCGAGAGUAACUUCAACACCCAUGCUACAAACCGUAACACAGACGGGAGUACCGACUACGGAAUCCUACAGAUCAACAGCCGCUGGUGGUGCAACGACGGCAGGACCCCAGGCUCCAGGAACCUGUGCAAUAUCCCAUGCUCAGCACUGCUGAGCUCGGACAUAACGGCGAGCGUGAACUGCGCGAAGAAGAUCGUCAGCGAUGGGAACGGCAUGAACGCGUGGGUCGCCUGGCGCAACCGCUGCAAGGGCACCGACGUCCACGCGUGGAUCAGAGGCUGCCGCCUGUGAGGAGCCGCCGCGCCCAGCCCGCCCGCCGCACGGCCGACCGCUUUGCUAGCGCGACGAUCCCCGCUUGGCAGUUUUAAACGCGUUCCUCAUUAAAGCCACCAUCCGCAAAC